ACAAUUUUAUUUUAAUUAAAAUCUCCAAAAAAAUGAAUGAAAAUAUUUCAAAUAAUUACCAGCAACCUCAACAUGAACAAGAGCCAAAAGAAUUAUUAUGGCCACCUAAUGGUUAUGUAUUUGAACAAGAAUCUUUAUUGCCAGCUUAUUGCAAACCCAAAAUUUGUCCAUUAAAGUCAGUUACUUUGGAAAAAUUGGAAAAAAUGCAAGAGGAGGCAAAUCGUCGUAUGAGGGAAUUGGAGGAGAAGGAGAGAAAAGAAAAUGGAGAAAAUGAUGAGGGAAAUAAUGUUUGUUUGGAAUUAAAAAUUAAAAAAAAUUUGGUAAUAAUUUGGCUGACCCUCCUUUUUUCCCUAUUUCCAUAA